AAAAAAUUCCAAAAUUUGGAUCACCCAAAUAUUUUAAAAACUUUUCUAAUAAAAUCGACAAAACGGCAGCGAAAGAGAGCAAAGAGCAUUUCUUUGUGGGUUUUGAAGCAGCUGCUUUCUCCCCACCAAUUGAAGCCCAAAAAAUCUGGAGAGAACUCAUCGAUUCACAAUCGGGCGACCACAAAUUGCAGCAAAGUGGAUGAAAGAAUAACAACAAAUUGCUUGAAUUGAGGUGAUUUGCUGAUGCAUUCUUUGAUUCUGGUUAAUACUACGUCUAUGCUCUGUAUUCAGCUGAUAAUUUCAUGCGUGGAUAGAUAAUGUGUAAUUGGUCCCUGUUUAUGUUUCUGAUAAUGAUGAUGAUGAUGAUAUAACUGUUUUUGGUUCUUCUAGGGUUUUGUUUUUGUCCCCUUUAGAGCCUCAAUUCCACCUCCCAAUUCGAAACCCUACUCUUUUCCCAUUCCCAUUUCAACUGAAUUACAAAAUAACAGCAUUUUUGUGAGGUGUUCGUAAUCGUUGAGCAGAAAGGUGUUUUCUUUUCCCCCUCCAAAUUUGUUUGCUUAUUUAUAGAGCGGCAUACCUAUUUUGAAAUUUCAAGGAAAAGGCGGCUGCUAUUUCUUAUACCAUUAAAUUAGAAAUCGUCAUUUGAUCUUUGCUGGAUUUUGUUUUCAUCUGUAUAAGUUCAGAGAUAUAAGUAGUUAAAAUCUAAAUGAAAAAUAUGUGUUUUUACAGAUUUUAAUAGUGUGGUACAGCCCAUGAAUCCAGGUUCUUAUCUGUGUAGUUGUGAGGCAAUUUAUUUGCGGGAGGAUAAUUUUGUAGUUUAUCUAACAUAAUGAGAAGGCUUGAAAGACUACUAAUUUGAUGCUCCAAGCAGUGAAAAUGUGGUGCUUAGAGUAUGGUGGAUAGUGGAGAAGUGAUUGAAAAUAUGUCUGUUGCCGUGGAUGAAGCUGGCCCUAUGGCCAGGGACGUCGCCAGGGUUGGAAUGGAUACAGAUUUCGAGCCGCAUGAUGGAAUUGAGUUUGCUUCUCAUGAGGCUGCAUAUUCAUUUUAUCAAGAAUAUGCCAAAUCAAUGGGCUUCACCACCUCCAUAAAGAAUAGUCGCCGUUCGAAGAAAUCAAAAGAAUUUAUUGAUGCUAAGUUCGCUUGUUCUAGAUAUGGCGUCACUCAUGAAACUGAUGGCAGUUCUAGACGCCCCACUGUGAAGAAGACAGACUGUAAAGCCAGCAUGCAUGUCAAAAGAAACAAGGAUGGAAAGUGGUAUGUUCAUGAAUUCAUAAAGGAACAUAAUCAUGAGCUCCUACCAGCUCUUGCUUACCAUUUUCGCAUCCAUAGAAAUGUCAAAUUAGCUGAAAAGAGUAAUAUUGAUAUUCUUCAUGCUGUGAGUGAAAGGACUAGAAAAAUGUAUGUUGAGAUGUCUAGACAGUCUGGUAGCAGUCCAGAAAUAGCUUCUCUGGAGAUUGCCUCAGGCUCCCAGCCUGAACAAGGACAGCUCCUUGCAUUAGAAGAGGGUGAUGCUCAAGUAAUACUCGAGUAUUUCAUGCGUAUUCAGAGAGAGAACCCCCAUUUCUUUUAUGCAAUGGAUUUAAAUGAGGAUCAGCGUCUGAGGAACUUGUUCUGGGUUGAUGCUAAAAGUAGGAAAGACUACAACAGCUUUAAUGAUGUCAUUGUUUUUGAUACAAGUUACAUGAAAGCAAAUGAAAAGAUGCCAUUUGCUCCCUUUUUUGGGGUGAAUCAUCACUUUCAACCAAUGUUGAUUGGAUGUGGGCUCGUCGGGGAUGAAACUGUGACGACAUUUAUGUGGCUGAUGAAGAUCUGGCUUAAAGCAAUUGGUGGACAAGCUCCUAAAGUCAUAAUCACUGACCAAGAUAAAGCAUUGAAAGCUGCGGUUGCAGAAAUCUUUCCAAGUUCACGGCAUUGUUAUGCUCUUUGGCACAUAUUGGACAAGUUACCUGAAACGCUUGCUCAUGUGGUUGUUCAGCAUGAUAGUUUUAUUAGGAAGUUUAACAAGUGUAUAUUUAAGUCACUUAGUGAUGAAGACUUUGAUCUGAGAUGGUGGAAGAUGGUAGGAAGAUUUGAACUACACGAAAAUGAAUGGAUUCAUUCUUUGUAUGAAGACCGGAAAAAGUGGGUUCCAACUUUCAUGCGAGAAACGUUUUUGGCGGGGAUGUCAACAACUCAACGAUGUGAUAGUGUGAUUUCUUUCUUUGACAAAUACAUACAUAAGAAGAUCAGUCUGAGAGAUUUUGUUAGACAGUAUGGGACGAUUCUUCAAAAUAGGUAUGAAGAAGAAGCCAUAGCUGACUUUGAUACACGGCACAAACAACCAGCACUUAAGUCUCCUUCACCAUGGGAGAAGCAAAUGUCAACCAUAUAUACACAUGUGAUUUUCAAGAAAUUUCAGGUGGAAGUUUUAGGUGUGGUGGGUUGUCAUCCUAAGAAGGAAACUGAAGAUGGAACAGAAACAACCUUUAGAGUGGAUGACUGUGAAAAAGGUGAAAAUUUUAUGGUCACAUGGGAUGGGACAAAAUCAGAGGUUUCUUGUUCAUGCCUUAUGUUUGAAUAUAAGGGUUUUCUUUGUAGACAUGCUAUGAUCGUUUUGCAAAUGUGUGGUCUGUCGAGUAUUCCUUCUAAUUACAUUUUAAGGAGGUGGACAAAAGAUUCAAAGAGCAGGCAACCUACCGGGGAUGAUACUGAAAGAAUUCUUACUAGGGUGCAAAUGUACAAUGACUUGUGUAAACGGGCCAUUGAAUUAGGUGAAGAAGGAUCUUUGUCUGAGGAGAGUUACAAUAUUGCUUAUCGUGCCCUAGUUGAUGGCCUGAAGAACUGUGUAGAUGUAAACAAUAAAAGUGGUGCAGAAUGUAGCAGCACUCCUGAUGUGCUCCGAGGUGUGGAAGAAGUGAAAGAUGUAGCUGAUUCUACCAAAGAAAGCAGGAAGAAGAAUACAAACAAGAAAAGAAAGGUGCCAUCAGAGUCGGAAGCUGCCAAUGCUGAAGUUCAAAGCAGCUUGCAACCAAUGGAGAGUGUUAAUUCAGAAGGAAUGACCCUCAAUGGCUAUUUUGGGACCCAACAAAAUGUGCCAGGACUUAUACAGUUGAAUUUGAUGGAGCCACCGCAUGAUGCUUACUAUGUAAAUCAACCGAAUAUGCAAGGGCUGGUAUGUGCCUCUGUUGUGUAUGGCUUUUGGACUCUUUCAAAUUAGCUUCCUUAAAGAUAUUAAUUUGCUUAGAAAUUGGUAAUGGUUUUUGAUGGAUGGGUGUGGAAGAGGUAUCUACAAUUUUUUGUUUCUUAAAUGGUUUUAGGGCCAGCUGAAUUCAGUUGCAUCUAGCCAUGAUGGAUUUUUUGCGACCCAGCAAAGCGUGCCCGGUCUGGUAGUGUAAUUUGGAUAUGUGCAUACAUUGUUUCGAAACUCAUUCUUUGGUGAGUUUCUCCGUGUUGCAUUUCACAUUCUAUAACUGGAACAUUUGGAUGUGCAGGGGCAUAUCGAUUUUAGGCCAUCAAGUUUCACCUAUGGCUUACAGGUACCAGUCCAUUACAGAUAACAAUUUUCUUACCCUGAAGAACUUUGUCCUUUAGGUUACAAUAGAUCAACGAAUUCCUUUGGCAUGAUUCUUUUGUCAGGACGAGUCCAACAUGAGAUCUGGUGAGGUAUCAGGAGGCACUGCCAGGCAUGUUUGAGGAUGAUGAAAACUUGUUAACUGACUUGUCAUGUUGGGUUGUGGUUUCUUCUCCGGUGAUGUGAACUGGAAGACAGAGAAGAACUCCCAGGACAUCUUCUGAGUUCCGUCCUGGUUUUAUUCCCCAAGAGGAUAGUUGCUUUGGUAUUUCCUUCACAUUGUAUUCUCACCGUAAAUUUUGGAAGGAAGUUGCGCAUAUUUUUGAUUGGACGUCUGAUCUAGUUUUGCCAAUAGGUUGGUCAAAGACCUGCACAUUGGAGGGAGUGCUUGUCCUGCGAUGCACCUGCAGGGAAGUUUGUGGACCUAUACAAUUAAUCUAAAUGCUAAUGGAGAACUGGUGGUUUGGGAAAACACGGCAUGCGCUGGAGUUAGGAUGGUACAACCCGAGCGAAUUCAAGGGCUGUGAUUUUAUUAGCUAAAUUAUGUAGAAUAUAGAGGGUCUGCAUUUUGUUGGUUGCUGUUGGAGCGAAAAAAGGUAUGUACAAGGGAUGGACCAAGUAUUUUCGUGUUAUUCGCUCCUUGAAGGUGUUAAAUCACGUUGAUAUUUGAGACAUGAAAUUGUAUAUAAAGCUGUAGCUCUUCGCUUCUACAAAGUAGUCCAUUACAUUUUUCCUUACAUUUGGCGAAUUUGGCCUCCAUAAGAGAACAUUUUUCUUUUUUAAACGGAUUAUUGGAAUUUCUUUUCGGUCAAAUGUAAUAGACUAUUAUCUCCAAUCCCAUUAUUUUACCAUUGGAUAAAUUUGUCUCACGCAG